ACUGGAACCACAAGAGAAUUCCCUCGAAGGUUCUUCUACAAUAUUAUACAUGCAAUGCCUUAGCAUUGUUCCUCUCAACAACUCUUGAUCUAUAAAACUUUUCUCACUCAUAGUUUCUUGGAGCCAAUUGUAGCAGUUCAUAACAUCAAACACAUAUUCAGACAAUGAGGCUUGUCAUUUCAACUUUCUGUGUUCUUGUGUUAUUCUCUUGUGCUGUUGCUUAUGAUCCUUUGGAUCCAAACGGAAACAUAACAAUCAAAUGGGAUAUCAUGUCUUGGACACCAGAUGGCUAUGUGGCAACUGUAACAGUCCACAAUUUCCAAAUGUUUCGGCACAUCAUGAAUCCUGGAUGGACCUUGGGAUGGACAUGGGCCAAGAGAGAAGUGAUUUGGUCCAUGAUAGGAGCUCAAGCCACAGAGCAAGGAGAUUGUUCUAAGUUCAAAGGCAACAUACCUCAUUGCUGCAAGAAAACUCCCACAGUUGUAGAUCUACUCCCUGGUGUUCCUUACAACCAGCAAUUCACAAACUGCUGCAAGGGUGGAGUGGUGGCUGCAUGGGGCCAAGAUCCUUCACAAGCUAUCUCAUCCUUCCAAAUUAGUGUAGGCCAAGCUGGUACCACAAACAAGACAGUGAAACUUCCCAAGAAUUUCACUCUCUUGGCUCCUGGACCAGGCUAUUCCUGUGGCCCUGCCAAGAUUGUUCCUUCCACCACUUUCCUUACCUCUGACAAGCGCCGCAAGACUCAAGCACUAAUGACAUGGAAUGUUACCUGCACAUACUCACAGUUCCUGGCAAGAAAGAAUCCAAGUUGUUGUGUAUCUUUGUCUUCCUUCUAUAAUGAAACUAUCACCCCUUGUCCCUCUUGUGCCUGUGGCUGCCACAACAAGAAGAAUUGUGUCAAGCGUGACUCCAAAAUUCUCAGCAUGGUGGGUCUCCACACUCCCAAGAAAGACAAUGAACCAUUGUUGCGGUGCACUCAUCACAUGUGUCCAAUCAGGGUUCACUGGCAUGUCAAGGUUAACUAUAAGGACUAUUGGAGAGUCAAGAUUGCCAUUACAAACUUCAAUUACAGGAUGAAUCACUCUCUCUGGUCUCUUGCUGUUCAGCAUCCAAAUCUUAAUAAUCUCACCCAAGUUUUCAGUUUUAAUUACAAGCCUCUUCUUCCCUAUGGUUCAAUAAAUGACACUGGCAUGUUCUAUGGCAUGAAAUACUUCAAUGAUCUUCUAAUGGAAGCUGGACCAACUGGGAAUGUUCAAUCAGAGUUGCUUCUUCAGAAGGACAAGGAUACAUUCACAUUCAAGCAGGGGUGGGCUUUUCCUCGCAAGAUCUACUUUAAUGGCGAUGAGUGCAUGAUGCCUCCACCUGACACCUACCCAUUUCUACCUAACUCAGCACCUCCAAGCCUAAUUACCUUCCCACCAUCUAUUUUCUUGCUGCUUUUCUUUUUAGCAGCGUGGUGAACAACUGCAUAGUGUGUCAGAAUUUUUGUGAAAAUUUUGAAAAUACCUUCUCCAUGAUAACGUGACAAUAGGCAUGAAUACUCAAAUUCUUUGGAAACACCUAGCCAAUCUCAUGGCUGUGUUUUUCUGACAUGAGCAACAGGGAUGCUGAAUGUAAAUCUCAACAGUGAUUUUGUCCUAAUCAUAGAUUCCUGAUGCUGUCACAGCAAUGCCAUAAUGAAUAAUACAUACGUCUUCUAGUCUUUCUUUGGAC